AUCCAACGAGGGCAUAACUUGGCCACGAGGAUAUUAACGAAAACUAACAGCUCAUGAGCAUUCACGCAGGCAACCCGAUGACGCCGAACGAUUACGACGCCUCAUGUCCAGAUCCGCGUAUAUCGGUUUUGGUGACAGUUGGCGUCGUCGUCAUAGCCCUCGUGCUCCCUAUCUGUCUGAUGAAAUUCCGGAACAAUCAGCCUCAGAGAGACAUUGAGAGAGUAAAAAGGAAAUUGAAGGAGGCAAUCGACCUGCGAAUUUUAAACAAAGCAAUCCCCUCGAAAAGAUACGAGCAGAUUCGGGGAUUUAAGAGGGAAGCUGCUGUGGCUUCAACCAAGUCCAGCGCAGUUGAAGUCUGGUAUGUUCCAAGUGGUACAGUUUUCCUAAUAACACUGACAUUGCUGUGGUGCAAUCUGCCUCGAAGUCCUGGCGGAUGUGGACAGCGUCCGACGAUUGAAAUGCGCACAUCUGCUUCACACGACUUGCAUCGACUUUUGGCUCAAAAACCGCCAUGUCGAUUGCCCAUUAUGCAAGCCAAUAUUUGUUCCAACAGAGAUGUAACGGGUCGAGCGGUAAUGACCUCGGGGAAAAUGCCCUCGUCGGCUGCAACUUUCCUAUGGUCUCCGCUUUCAUCGACAGAUUCUACAACGUCAAUAGGUUUCACGCUUCCGCGAGGAUCUCUGUAAUCGGCAGUUCUGAUGAGAGCCCAAAAUAGGAUCCAAAGGUCCCUAGAGGGGUGGGAGAUAAGAUCUGGGUCGAUAUCCUUGUACACAAGUUACCGUAGAGUGACUGUAGAUGGAAGAGGCAAAAGCAGGAAACGGACGCUGUGCGGGCUUCUGGCAGAUCAUGCCAAAGCUUCGGAAACAGAAUUGUACAGAGCAGCUCUCCGGAGAGAAUACGACACCGAAACCCGUUAUACAAGAGAAUUGCACUUUCCAGACUCCUCAGGAAGUGCUCGG